AUGGAAACAGUCCCCACAGAUUUUGGCAAACGUGUGUACCAAGGAGUGAGGGUGAAGCACACAGUCAAGGAUCUUCUUGCUGAGAAACGCUCCAGGCAGAGCAGUGGCUCCCACCUCAGCGGCAGCACCAGCACACCACAGUCAGCCUUUGUCCAAGUGCCAGGCUCCCCUCCCACCAGUUACUACGGAGUCAGGAGACCCUUCCCAGCUGAGCUGGAUUUCCACAGCACCAAGCAGUUUGUCAGUGAUGUCUACUCGUCCCCUGUGGGCUCCAAGCCCUUCUCCUGUGAUUCCUCUGCCUCUCAGGGCUACCCAGCCCUGCUGGACUCGUAUCUCAGCGACCAGUGCGGGGAUUACCAUGCUCCCCCCCUCGCUCCUGGUGCCAGCUCCUUCUUCAGCCCUUCUGCUGUGCCCCCUCUGCUGCCAUCCUUCCCUGGGGACACAGGACACUUCCUACUAGUGAGUUGGACCCCAGCCAUCCCUGGAGCCCAGCCCUACCCUCUGCACCCUCUGGAAGAUGCCCACUGCUCCCCCAGCUCACCCUACACCUUCUCACCGUUCACGGCCGUGGGGAACGAGCCGCCCUCCAGGAUGAGCCACCUCUGCCCAGAGCAGUCCUCAGAGACCCCACACCUCCAGGAUAACCCUGCCUGGGCAAAAGAGGAUGGAAGUGCCCUCUGGGGGACUUAUGAAGGCCGGAGAACUUACUGA